UAAAUGUGACGUAGCAGGAGGCGGAGGCCGAUGGGCGGAGUCAUCGCAGAGUGUAGUUAGACGGGAACCACACAGCAGUACAUAUUAAUGCUUUUAACAGCAACGGGAGACUUGGAGAGAGAUUUAACCCAAAUCCUUAUCAAUCAUGGACCCAAACACCAGCGGACUGGAGCAGAAGUUGGCUGAAGCGGGCCAGUCUCACCUCCUGCAGUUCUGGAAGGAGCUGAGCCCUAAAGAGCAGCAGAACCUCUUCCAGGAGCUUCAGGGUUUAGAUUUCCAGGAGAUCAACGGGUUCUUCAAGAACGCCAUGGAGACGUCCAGCAACAGCAAACACGAGAAGAUGGACGGCCGCAUGGAGCCGGUUCCCAGGGAUGUACUCGGGAGUGUGACGAGAGACAGGGAGAGCCUGAAAGACUGGGAGGUCAAAGGUCUGGACUGCAUCUCUCAGAGCAAAGUGGCUGUCUUACUGUUGGCGGGGGGUCAGGGAACCAGACUCGGGGUCUCUUACCCCAAAGGCAUGUACAACGUUGGGUUGCCGUCCCACAAAACUCUGUUUCAGAUCCAAGCGGAGCGCAUCGUGAAGCUGCAGCAGCUGGCAGAGCAAAAGACUUCAGUCAAGUGCUGCAUUCCCUGGUACAUCAUGACCAGCGGCAGGACGAUGGACUCCACCAAAGACUUCUUCUCACAGCACCAGUACUUUGGGUUAGGCAAAGACAAUGUGGUGUUCUUCCAGCAGGGCAUGCUGCCCGCCAUGGACUAUGGUGGGAAGAUCAUCCUGGAGAACAAGGGGAAGCUGUCCAUGGCACCUGAUGGAAACGGAGGUCUGUACCGAGCUCUUGGGAACCAGGGCAUCCUGGAUGACAUGCAGCGGAGGGGCGUCGAGUUCAUUCACGUCUACUGCGUCGACAACAUCCUGGUCAAAGUGGCCGAUCCCACCUUUAUUGGGUUCUGUGUGCAGAAGGGAGCCGACUGCGGAGCCAAGGUGGUGGAGAAAACCAACCCGACCGAGGCAGUGGGUGUGGUCUGUAAGGUGGACGGACUUUAUCAGGUGGUGGAGUACAGCGAGAUCACCCUGGCGACGGCCGAGAAGCGCAGCUCGGACGGCCGCCUGAUGUUCAAUGCCGGAAACGUGGCCAACCACUUCUUCAGCUUCUCCUUCCUGCGAGACGUCGUUCAGAAGUACGAGCCUCAGCUGCAGCACCAUGUCGCCCAGAAGAAGAUCCCGUGUGUGAACGCUGAGGGUCAGCUCAUCAAACCGGAGAAACCUAACGGGAUUAAAAUGGAGAAGUUUGUCUUCGACAUCUUCCAGUUUGCAAAGACGUUCGUCGUGUACGAAGUGCUGCGGGAGGACGAGUUCUCCCCGCUGAAGAAUGCAGACACUCAGGACGGGAAGGACACUCCCACCACCGCCAGACACGCCCUCAUGUCCCUGCACCACCGUUGGGUCCUCAACGCCGGGGGCCACUUCAUCGACGAGAACGGCAGGCGCGUGCCCGCCAUUCCCAGAGACGGAGCAGGAGGCACAGAUGAUAACCUGAAGGAUGGAACGGACCUGCCGAUCAAAUGUGAGAUCUCCCCGUUGGUGUCCUACGCAGGGGAGGGUCUGGAGGCGUUGGUGAAGGGACGGGAGUUUCAGGCGACGCUGAUGAUCGACGAGCGCGGGGUCCACGAGCUGGUGAAGAACGGAGUUUAACCAGCCAGCGGAGCCGCAGGAGAACAACCCAAAGAACUUCUUCUGCUUUCUGUUUUUCUCAAGCCGUUUGUGGAGAAAAACUGUGCAAUAACCAACGUCUCCCUUAAAACUUAAUGAGACUGUUAGAAGUGAACGAGCCCAAUGAAGUACGCAGUUUUCCCCUUUAGCUCUUUUAGUUUCUAUGUUGAUGUCCUGCUUUGUUUGUUUCAUAGAGCACUUGAACACGUGUUGAAUUAUGAAUGAAAUUCUCGCUGACUGGACGAUGCAUUCAGCAAGUGCAUCUAUUUAUGUUCCUUAUGAGACUUAUUUUUAUAUGUCCUGAUGGAUGCUGUUUAGAUGGAGAUUACCGUCUAAAAUUGAACUUGUAAUUUUUAUACAAGAGUAAACAAAGAUGAAGUAAUUGGUAUGCAUGCUAUCAGGAUGCAUGGAUCGGGAUGUGGGGGGUAUUUAUGAUAUCUGCUUCUGUUGGUGAUGUAAUCUUCACAGAUUAGAUAGAGACAAAGAUUUCUAUCUUCUUUUACAAAAUAAAUUUCCUACUU